CACUCACAAGUGACACUGGCAGUGACACCGGCAUCAACCGCCCUAAACAACCAUGAGCGUCACUGAUAGCGACACGGAGAGUACCGUCUCCAGCCAAUCCAGGCCUACCACAGCGAAGACCACCAAAUCGCCAUCCCAACAGGUCUUCCCCUUCGCCCACCCACCGCCCAAAUCGACCUCGUGCUUCCGCUUCACCUCGCGCCUCCUGCUCCAGAUCCAACAGCUCCUCUCCGCCUCGCGCGCGCUUCCCAUCCUCGAGAUCUACCGCCCCUCCAGCCUCGGCAAGUCGAUCCCCGGCUGUCCCAGCAAAGUACACAGCCAGGACCUGUACGUCGUCCAAAGCGACGCCUACCAGAAUCUGCCUGCAUCAUGCAGCCAAAGUCCCAGCACCGACAGCCCGGUAGUAGGAGUGAUAUACACCAACUACUGCAGCAGCAGCAGCAGCUCCACCAACCACAAACCCGCAUCCUCCCCCCCAUCAUCAUCAACAUCAACAUCAGCAACAACAAAAUCACCCCCCAACAACAACAGCAACAAUAACAACGCAAUCUACCUCCCCCAACUCCAACUCACUCUCCUCGCCUCCCGCACCUCCCGCGGAGGCUACAUCUUCCAAGUCCUCCCCUCGUCAUCCUCCUCGCCGAAACCCCCCCAAAAACUCACCCUCGAACUCGCCAAGAAAAAACCCAAACACAAAACCCCCCCGCCAAGAUCAUCGGCAACAACCCGGACCCAUCGGUCUUCGGCGUCCACCACCCCCGACGACGACGACAACGACGAAGAAUGCGACAACGUUGAGCCAAAAAACCAAGACCCGGCAAGUUUCCUCCUCGGCAUUCGAGGUAGCACCACUAGUACCGCAAGUGCUAGCCCCGUCGAUCCAAACUCAGGUGAUUCCACCCGGCGCAGCCCCCGGCGGCCCUGGCUGGCCGGGCUCUCGCACAAGGGGAUCAAGGUCCUGCGCGGGGAGCAGCAGGACCAGCUGCGGCGGCGGGUGCUGGCCGCCGUCGGGGUGGGCGAGGAGCGCGUCGAUGUGCUCUACACGAUUACCUUGCUGGUGGGGAUCUAUGCGGCGAGGAUGGAGGGGUGGGUUUGAUUUUUUUUUUUUUUAUUUUGUGUUCAUUUUCUGUGUUGUUGGUAACUUAGGGGUUGACUUACUCGAUUAGCUGCUCCCUAAAUUAUUUGGUAUGGUCCGGGGUUCAUUAUUAAACUUUAGCUUGGAGUUGUUAGGUGUUGGUGUUGGGUGAUCGUCGGUGUUUGUAUUUUGGGGAAGUCAGAGAGCCAGCUGGGCCAGGCCAGGUGUCCGGGUUCAGGGUCAGGGACCCUUGCUUUGUACGGUACGUCGAUGAUAUCCAAAUCGAGUCAAUUUUGGCUUUGGGAAAGAUGAUAGUGUCAU